AUGAAGCUCUUAACGUGUAUCCUGGUCGCACUGGCAAUCGUAGGAGUUUACAGCGAUAAACCAGAAAAAUUAGUAAAUGGAAUACCCGCCAGCAUACAGGAAUAUCCGCAUUGUGCCUCCUUAAGAGAUGACAACGACCACUUUUGUGGCGGUAGCAUAAUUGAUUCGCGUUACAUCCUAACUGCCGGGCAUUGCGUGGAAAAUUUACUUUCCAACGACUCUCUAAGCUCUGUGACUGUUGUCACUGGCACAACUUAUCUCAAUACAGGCGGACAGGCUCAUAAAGUAGAACAAGUUUGGUGCCAUGAAGAUUAUGAUCCCUCUGAUCCUAAUGGUAGAAGCCCUCAUGACAUAGGUUUGAUAAAGCUGGCUACACCCAUUAAAUUUGGUCCAGGAGAACGAGCAAUUAGGCUCCCAACAAGGGAUAUUAAAUCGGAUGAAAAAGUUACAAUUGCUGCCUGGGGUUCUACGGGAGCCGGAAAACCGCUACAUAAAAAUUUGCAGAAAUUGUACGCGAAAGCCAUGCUUCCGGACAAAUGCCAAUCUUAUCAUACAAUCAUAUUCGUUGAUAAAACCGAAUUCUGUACUCUCAUCACUUAUGGAACUGGACUGUGCAGUGGUGACAGCGGUAGCGGAUUGAUUCGAAAUAGCGACAAUACAAUUGUUGGUCUGGUAUCUGGUGGAAUACCAUGCGCCGAGGGUUAUCCAGAUGUAUAUACUAAUGUCCAUUCGCAUGUUCCUUGGAUCGAACAAAAAAUGUCACUUUGA